UGUUCUCUUCCCAAGAACUCUCUGCACUGUACACAGAACUACGAUAAGGGCAGAAAUGCUAGCUGUGCUCUUCGUCCUUGGGGGAUUUGUUCCCUUGAUCGAUGCAGAUUUCGCACCCAGAGUGCUGACGGUUGAGGACGGAGUACUCACAGGUCGUUUCCCAGAUUCUCUGCUGCUCAGCCUCCCUCCCUGUAACUAUUCAGGCCAGAGUGUGGACCUGGAGUACCUUAACGCAAACACAAACGAAAACAAGAUUCUGUCCAAUAUUUUCACGAUUAAUUGCACGAAUGGUGUCUACACUGCUGGAUCAGCCACGCUCAGCAGAAACAUUGGUUACCAAGUGACGAACCUCACCAACGGCACAGAGUACAAGCUCCGUUACAAGAUUGGAACAACCAACAGUUCCUACAUAUUGGCAACUACAAGAACAGUGUCUGACUACAAUGUCAUUGAUGAAGGCCUCCCAGCACGCAGUGGAGCGAUGGUGGUCAUCACAGUCAUUUUGUCUUUGGCUAUGUUCUUUCUGCUAAUCUGCCUGAUUCUCAGUACGGUGAUGUCAACUAGUUGAAACCGAGACAUUUUACAUUCAGAGAUUCACUUUUCUCAUAUGCACACUUUUUAAAUAUAUGAUGUGUGCACAUGCAGUCAUUAUCUUACAGGUCUUCAUUAGGCCAGCAUGAAAUGAAAAAUAGGCCAAUUACUCAACUACUCCUUUAAGAAAUAAGUCUUUACACAUAUAAAUAUAUAUACGCUUCAGAAACAUGUAGGGUAUGCUGAGGGUGAAUUAUCAUGUGCUAUUAAUUAAGCCAACAUAAAAGAGCCUAGACACGUCUUCUCAAAAUAAGAAUUUUAACUCUUUCUUUCAUAUUUAAUCUACAUUUCAAGAGUCCAAAGAGGGUGCUGUUAAUUUCUAUAUAAUGAUAACAGCGUAGUAAAAAGAGUUGUAUUCGUCUGUAUAUUUUUCUCCCCAAAAUAAGUAUUUCAAAGCUGAUAAUCAUUUCAAUAAAGCAUUCUGUCUCAAUAA